AUCAUGACUAAUGUCAAAAUUUUGAUAAAUUUAGUGUAAUUAGUUAAUAAGUAAAAAAAUAAGUUUUAGGCUAAAAUGACAUCAAAAAUUAAUUAUAUACCCCUACACGAAUCAGGGAAGUCAGUAAGAUUCCGUCUACCCUGUAAUAAAAUAGUGAUUUGUGUUGUAUCAAUACAAUUCUUUAGUUUUAUCUUUUGUAUAUUAUGGUCCAUAUUAUAUAAUUUUGAGGAUAGCACUUCAACCCAUUGCCAUGUAUUUAACUUUUUGCCAUCGAUAUCCUCGGCGAUAGGUAGUUAUAGUCCUCAAAAAUAUGUCUGGAACACUGCCGUUACUUUAGCACUAUUACCAAGACUAUGUGUUGUUAUCAUGUACCAGAAAUUAUAUACUGAACUAUUAAUACCAAAAGCUUCGAGUAUAAAGCAUUUUGCAGGCUUUUUAAAUACAACGGAAAUUUUCAUGUUGGUUGGAUUAUCUUAUUGGUCUUCGCAGGAAUAUUAUUCAAUACACAAAGCAUGUUUUCUGACAUUCAUUGCAACAUCUGAAGUAUACAUGAUAUUAACAUGCUUUUUAUUAAAAACAUCAAGAACCAAGCCAUUAACUAAAAAGCAAUCUAAAUCCUUAAAUCUCAAAUGGAAAUGCUUGAUAAUAAAUAUAGUUUCAUUUAUGAUUGCUGGAUAUUUCUUUGUUCGGCACAACGCUUAUUGUGAGCCCGGAGUGUACUCAUUUUUUGCUCUAUCCGAGUAUAUUGUAGUUUUAACAAAUAUUGCCUUCCACAUCACUGCUGCGCUUGAUUUUAGUAAUGUUGUGGUUACGGUAGGGAAUCUGUCUAUUUAUUUUUCUUAAUUUGAGAUGUUUCAUUCUUUAAUUUAAUAUUUUAUCUACCUGUUAUAUAAUU